UACAGUACAUCUCACUUACUAACUACAAAUGCAACUUUAAGAAAAUCAUCACAGGAAGCAACUUUUACAAUGAAAUCUGCCAAAAUAUUUGUGCUGUUUAUUCUGUUACCUAUUGCAACAGUUGAGAUGCAAUUCUUUGACUUUAUCAAUGUCUUUUUUGACAAAGAUGUUUUACGACCAUUUGAUGCUAAAGAGUUUAAAGAAGAUCUGAGGAAGUCCUUAUAUGGGCAGCACAUUGCAUUGGAAACAAUACAUAAAUCAGUGUCCUGGUUUAUGAAAGAUCCAAAUCCAUCAAAACCGCUGGUCCUUUCUUUACACGGACCAACAGGAGUGGGAAAAACUCAUGUCACCAAGAUCAUUGCUAGGAAUAUUUAUGAAAUGGGUGAAAAGAGCAAACAUGUCCACACAUUCAUAGCCUCAUAUCACUUCCCAAACAAAGACCAUGCAGAGAUGUAUAAAACUCAGCUUAAACAGUGGAUCCUUGGAAAUGUAUCAAGUUUUCCUCACUCCAUGUUUAUAUUUGAUGAAAUGGAAAGCAUGAACCCACAGCUAAUUGACACCAUAAAAGCUUUUUUGGACUAUGUGUCUGAUGUAGAUGGAGUGUCAUUUCACAAUGCAAUCUUCAUUUUCCUCAGCAAUGCAGGCCAGAAUGUGAUCAAUAACAUAACUCUGGAUUUCUGGAGAGAAGGGAAAGACAGAGAAGAAAUACAGAUGUACAGCAAGGAAAUGGAGACUAAAAUUUAUCAAGAAAUCUUUAAUGAUGGAAAAAGUGGUUUUUGGCACUCGUGUCUACUAGAUCAUCACCUGGUAGAUCACUUUAUUCCUUUCCUACCUCUGGAAGAGAGGCAUGUACGCCAGUGUGUUCUGGAUGAAAUGACCAAUAUGAACAUCGCUGUUGAUCAUAAUCUUGUAAAUAAAGUCAUCAAAGAAAUUCCCUUCUUCCCUCCAGAUGAGAAAAUCUUCUCUGUUAAAGGCUGCAAGACUGUCAAAGGAAAGUUGCAGCUAAAUAUUGAAGUACACACAAGUUAAUCCACACAAGUUGGGAUUUGCCAUCUCCAGUUCACUUAACUUGAAUGUUUAUGGACUGUGGGAGGAAAUCUGGGUGCCUAAACCCAUGCUGACAGACGGUGAACAUGCAAACUCCACACAGAAAGACCUCCUGACCCAGCUGAGACUUGAGCUGGGACCUUCUUGCUGUGAGGCAACAGUGCUACCCACUGAACCACUGUGCUAGCAAUUAAUCAGAAGAUUUUAGGAGUUAUACUUUUUAAACAAAUGAAUGUAAGGGAAAGUGAGUGUAAUGUGUCAAUUCGUCUACAGUUCUGAUUGAAUGUGAGGAGAUCAUU